AUGUCAACAACAGGUUACGUCCCUCCGCCCGACCAAACGGCCAGUCAACAUGAAGGAACAUCUUCCUUGGCUAUCAAUAAUACAUUCCCUCGUCGCUUCAUGACACUCGUUGGCCUGAAAACAUCCGCGCGCUUCUAUAAACAUGACGGACCAUGCAUACCCAUUUCUAAAUCUCUCAUCGUUAAGAAGGGGCCAUUCGUUCAUCUCACCGAAGCAGCUACCAUGCAGUUCGUUGCAGCCAAUACAUCUAUUCCUGUCCCAACUGUUCACUGCUCGUUCGUGCACAAGAAACGAGCACAUAUAGUCAUGCAGCGGAUUUGCGGAACUUCUCUUGCAGAAGCCUGGAAAACUCUUUCUGAGGCUGAUCUGGCGAGUAUCUUCGCUCAACUUCGGCGCAUGCUAGAGGAAAUACGGGCUCUUGUGCCACCAAAUGGCGUAGGAGUUGAGAGCUGUACAGGGGGCUCCUUACGCGACUCCCGGAUACCACGUUCAAGACCCCGAUUUGGGCCCUUCAAGUCGAUCCAGCAUUUCCAUCGAUGGUUACGGGAAGACCUCGAACCGGACAGUCAGCCAGAUCAUAUUGACAACCAGGAUUGGAAGGACAUAAAAGAAAUGGCCACCAAACAGAACGGUCCGUGGCCACCACCGGUGUUUACUCAUGGAGAUCUGAACCCAUUCAACAUAUUAGUGAGGGGUGAUCAAGUUGUUGGUAUCAUCGAUUGGGAGUUUGCCGGGUGGUAUCCAUAUUACUGGGAGUAUACUUCUGCAUGGUAUGGAAAUCGCAUUCGACAGGGCUGGCAAGAGUCGCUUACCAAGUUCAUGGAUUCAUAUCCUGCGGAGCUGGAGAUGGAGAAGACAAGGCAAAGAUGGUGGGGCGAUUUUUAA